AUGCUCCAGCAGGCCCGGGCAGCUUUGGAGGAGGAUUCAGAGGGGGAUCCCGAGGUGGGUAUGAUCGAGGUGGUUUCAGAGGAGGAUUUAGGGGAGGUGAUCGCGGUGGCUUUGGUGGUGGAAGAGGUGGUAUUGGAUACCAGGGUGGAGGUGGGUUCGGUGGAAGAGGUGGGAAUGGCGGCGGUCCUCCUAAUAAUUAUGGUGCCCCACCACCGAAUGCACCAUCUGGACCUGGAGGGCGAGGUGGCUAUGGUGGCGGGUACGGAAGCUCCCAGGCUAAUGGCUACGGGGAUGGAUCGAGAGGUGGGUAUAGCGGAGACCGACGUAAUGACUACGACGACAGAUCUGGGUAUCGCGGCGGCGGCAGCUUCAGCGGAAGUAAUCGAGAACCUAGACGACCGGGACCGUGGCCGGCACGACGACAACGACAGAAAGCGACCUUAUGAUGGCGGCGGAUAUGAGGAUCCUCGCAAGCUUCGGAGGUACUAA